AUGGCGGAUCCAAGAUCCUCACUGGAGUCCUACCGCUCCUCCAUAGCAACAAUAAGCAGCGAUGAUCAACGCUUGAUGCACGAACCCUACAAUCCCCUUCACAACGUCUUCGGCAGCAAACCAGUCUUGGUGCACCAAAGAAACUCCCUCCACACCAACGCCUUCUCCCAAUGGCCCCUGACAGGCCCCCUCCUCUUCGACAACAACAACUCCGACGCUAGGGAUCACUGCGCAGCCGAGCGAACAUUUCUCUCCUGGCUCCGCCUAGCAAUCUACAUGGCCAUAGUCUCCAUAGCCAUCCUCAUCUCCUUCCACUUGAAGCACCAACCCACAGCUCUAGAACGGCGCGUGGCCCUCCCCUUUGGCAUAAUUUUCUGGCUGCUGGCGUUGGCCUGUCUCCUCAGUGGGUUGAGCAACUACAUCAAAACGGUGAACCGCUAUUCGCGACGACAGGCGCUGGUGCAGUCAGGGUGGGGCACGCAGGUGGUGUUCACGGUGGUGGCGACGGCGAUUGUGGCGGCUUGUGUUUUGUUGUUGAGUACGCAGGGGGAGAGCCGGAGGAGGUGA